AUGUCGUCGUCGUCUAAGGAGAACAAUUGCUCUGUCAUGUCUGUAGCACGGACGGCGGCAGACAGCGGCGACGUGUUCGGCGUGUCGGCGGCAUCCGACGUGAUGUUAAGCCCGCCUCCAGAAGAAGAAUUAAGGUGCACGAGGAGACCUACACACGAGCCAAGCUCCGCCUCACGGCCUUUAGCGCACUCCAUGCGUCCCAACCAGCAGUCACCUACCGCGUACCAGACUUCAAAACGCAAACGAACGAUUACUGGUGCGAGUGCUCGUGAUUCGUCUAGUGCACAACAGAGCCAGCAAGAAGGCGUUAGCAUCGUUCAGCAUACACCUAAUCCACGGGUACGCAAACAAGUACGUCAUGCAGAGGCUUCGCCUAUCGCGGCGCAUAUCACCAGCUCGUUUGCGUCGCUGGGCUCUCCAUCCAGCCGAAGGAGUCCGCAAGUACAACCGGAUGCACCAAUGACACCGACUCGCAAAGGAAAGGGCCGCGGUCCGUCUACAGAACUUGGUCCACGGAGUCCUUACGCUUCAAAUCCGAACGCUGAUUACAUUCCUCUUGAACGUUUGGUGAUAUCUCCUCAAGGUACUAACGUACGCCGUCGUUCUGUAACACCCAUUCCACCGUACGAACCGCCAAAGGAAAGGUAUACUCCACCACGUGAAAUUGUUGUGUCUCCACCUGCGGGCGCGGAACGGAAGCCUGUACGACGCGAAUCUGGGAAGAAGAAACGUGUUUCUGUCAAAACUGAGAAACCUCCGGUGCAACUGUGGAUUAAGACGGAACCGCCUGAGAUAGAUUUAACAACACCAGCACCUCCUGCGUCUCCUAGCGAGGAUCCUAUUCUACUGGUCGGCCCUCCAGCGAUCAAAGUUCAGCGUCCGUCACUUCCUCCGGGCGAUGCGCAUGACGUGAGUCUCGUUGAUUUCGAAAUGGAUCUCGACCUGUCAGAGACCAGAGAACACGCUUCAUCUCUUCUCAACCAACAUACACUGGCGAAUCCAGCUCGGUCCGGCUCGUCUAUACCACCAUUGUUUGACUUCAGCAAUGUUAACGAUGAUGAUCAUAUGGGCCUAGACAACGAUGGAGGUGAUAUUAGUACUGAUGUGGACUUCGGGACUGUGGUGGACGAUGGCCUUUUCGCUAAUGUCAAUGAUGAUGGCUGGUCCGAUUCUGAUGGCGACAACAACGAUGUGGAAGAAGGCACGUCAAUUGGCGAGGGUGACUUCACAGGCAAAUUCUUAGCUUUCAAGGCUCCACUGAAGGAUCCGCCGACGGGUGAAUCUGGCGAUAGGAUGGAAGAAUGGGCGCGACCGAUUAGUCCACAUCCGAAAAAGCUGGCGAUCACUGAGCCCAAGGAGGAAGACGAGGAUGUAGAUCUUGGCACAAUCUCUGUACAGCCUGUUAGCGAGACUACUGGGUUGAAUAAGUCUUCAGCUAUUAGGAUUGGUUCCGAGAGUGAGGAUGAAUACCAAGCAGACGAACGUCCUAGCUACAGUGACAGACAAGGCCGUCGGCUAACACUGAGCGAGAUGGAGGCAAUGAAAUUUGGGCCGAGGCCUCCUACACCCAAGCUUGGUUCCUCUAGCAGAGGCGAAAGUAGCCAUGUGAUUGGAAGUGAUGAAAGCGAUGGGGAGAAUGACGAGCUCAUAGACGCCAACAAGAAUACGUUUGGACGGCAGGAGAGCCAUUCAGACCUAGCGAAUCCUAAGCAAAUGGAUAUUAAUGAUCAGAACACACUAUUGGAUAAAUUUAACUUCUUGGAUGUCAGUUCGGAACGAUGUUCUAACAACGUACAUGCGUCAAAUGACUCGCACCGCCAACAGAGUGCUGUCGUAGAGGAGGCUGUCGUUUUGCCACCCCGGUCUGUGUCAGAGCAUUCUUCAGGAGAGUCAUCUCAGAGCACCUUGAAUAACACCGAAGAUGCGCGUUCUGUCUGUCAAGAACAUGUUCAGGACUAUGGGCAGGAACCACGAUGCCUCAACCUUGCAAAAGAAGCAACGCAAGAAGGAUUAAUGAAGGCUGAUUCUAUUUCGCAUAGAGGCACACCCCCUCCAGAUGGUGACCUGUCUGACUGCGACACUGAGGUUAUCACAGAUGAGGAGACAGGAGAUGACUCUGGGGAUGGCAUUGUGGACCUGAGCGUUGUCAAAAUUAUGUCUGACGACCCUAUGGCCGCCGCAAGAGCUGCUGCGAUCUUGAAGAUGCAUGAUUACGACAUGGUAGCGCGGAAGCUCAGAAGACGAAGGACGACAGCAGGUGGCGUUUCGAAAACUUACAACACACCAAAGAAUAUGCAAUUGUGGCGCAGGCGGACCGUUGCGGGCCUGUCCGCGGAGGACGCGCUUUCUGCUAAUGUAUCGUUACCUGAGCUUCUUGAGAGGGCUGAAGAAGAGUUGCGAAGCACUCCCGCAAGAAGCCGCUCUGGAAGCGUCGCCUUCAGUUCCGUUGGGAGCCCGCAAAAAUCGCGCGAUCGUGACUUCUUGUACGAAGAUUCCGAUACACCCGGAAGUCGGGAAUGGACUAAGGAAGACUGGAAGUUGCUGGACAGCUGUUUCACAGAUGAGCGGUAUGAUCUAGGCGAACAGCAGGGUCUUGAGCCUGGAUGCCUCGCUGACGUUGAUGAUGUUCCUCUGGAAAGUGUCGUUGAGAGAUUCGUGGAACUCAUGGGCGGUGCUGAGACGGUAGAUAGUCAUGGUGAAUAUUGGACAAAGGAGAAGCUCAUGAGCCGUACAUAUGCAUUGUGUAAGAAGCAACGUUCCGGCAAUGUGGCACCUCCAACUCCUGACGUGUCUGCUCGUUUUUCAACACCAUCGCGAUUCUCUACUCUGAGCCCUUCGUCCAGCAUGAUUGUCCCAGACUUUACACCCUUGGCUGUUGAACGGACCCGACUUUUUUUUGAUUGCGGUUCCGUGAGCAGGAAGGCACAGCUUCCUCCCCCUUCGUCAGAGUUCUUCUUCAGAGAUUCUUCAGUCCCUGCAAGACAUUCACGUCUGAGGGAUCAAAUGACCUCUGAGCGCAUGUCUGAAACACCGAGAUCUGGCCGUGCUCUAGGACUCUUUGGUUUCGCAACUCCGAAAGUGAACGAGCGUGAAGAUAGCGAUGAUGAAUCGGUUGCUCAAGAAGUAGAAACGUUGUUAACUCCAGUCACCGCAUCAAGAAUGCAGCACGCAAGGCCCGAAUCAGCCGUCAAGCGUUCACUUAGCUACAUCACAUCGUGGCUUAAACCGGAUAUGUAUAGAUCAAAGUCUGAGGAACGUAAAGGAUCGCAACUCCCUGGUCUACCUGUUCCCCCGUCUGACGUUUUGUCGAGACCGCGUGGACCGGUGGAAACACCUGUCCCCAAACCCGCAUCGAGGGCUGUACCUCCAAAGGACAUGGUGUCACUGGAACAUGUCCCUCCGCCCCAACCAUCUAGACUUCCACGGCGUUCGAAGCCACGCCGUCUUGUAGACCUGAACCACGUACCAACCCCACAACCUAAGGAGGGAGUAAAGAGGACCAUUCCGCGCCGAUCGAGCUCGUCAAGCGUUAAGGAUCUUGUCAAGGAAUUCGAGCAGAAGGAGAAGGGCAAAGUGCAGGCACUCCCACCACGCGUUGCGGAACUAAGAAGACAAGCCAGCGUUGGCUCGCUCAAAGCAAAAGGUAAACCAACAUGGAGACCGUGAUUUCUGUCUUGUUUAUUCUUCUAUUGUUCAGUAUUGGUUUCUUAUCACGCGUUGCUUGUGUAAUGAG